AUGCCGUUUUUACCAGGUUUUCGUAUGGACGGUGCGGAUUCCUUUAUUAAGAAUUGCGCUGUAAAUGACACGGACAUGCUGCCUUCGGAUUGCACUUUCGUUCGUUGUUACGACUACUUCCGCAAGAUGUGGUUCCUCGAGGAUUUAUGGCCAAAGGGCGGUAUGAUAUUAGACGAAUCCACUCCCAAGUCAUGCGGCAUCGUCAAUUUAUCGAAAUGGAUUCUACCAGCUGAAGACAACUCCUUGCUUCCAGUAGAUUAUUUCUGGACUUUCAAGCGUGAUGGUAGAAAAGACACCUCUAAUUACACCAAGAAAGUUGUACCUUCUGAGACACGGGAGGAUUUGUUUAAAGAAUCUGGUGAUAAAAAGAUUGUUAUAUUGUGUAUCGUUGGGAUUGCCCUUUUGUUCCUGAUUUUCGCUGCACUUCUAUCAUACAACGUGUGGUUGUUCAUUAAGUAUCGUCGUAUCUUUCACAACGAGAAUGACGAUACCAAUUCUCCGGACUUGAAGAAUAAUGAUGAUACCUCAUCAUCGGUUUCGAAAAAUGCGCCCAGGCGUGGACGCCCUGGGCACUUACCCGCUAGAGAUCUGUUGAGCGUUCGCGCGCCGACCCCCGAUCCGAUGCGAAAGCCGUCGACUUCAAGAUCCUCAUCGCCUUCGGCUCUGACCCGACCUAAGGCAGGCAUCGGGAAGGGUGAUUCUAAUCCUAAGACAAAGGCAUUCCAAAAUAGCUUGAGGUAA